CUGGCUGCCUUUCGACAUUGUGCUCAAUGUUGUGUUACAGAUGCAUGGAAUAGCUAUAUUUUUGACUGAAUGUUUCACAUGGAACCUUAUCCAUGCUACCUCAUGUUUGUUCAAAGUGCUGCAACUACAAGCUGAAGAGCUUUCUGAUGAAUGUGGACGUAAAGAUGACUGCCGAGAGCUCAAAUUUACGCGCUUUGUAACAUUGCAUGAUUCUGUUUUACGGUACGAUGUUGGUUUAGAUUUCAUUCUUGUUCUACAGGCUUUCGAGGACGUGUAUCUGUUGACCAUAAUGGUUAGCACUCUCGGAUACUGUCUUUUCCAAAUAUUUUCCUUCUCUUAUCUCGGUACCGAGCUCAUAGUGGAAAGCGGAGCCGUGGCUGAGGCUAUUUUUCACAGCACAUGGUAUAACCAGAAUGUUCAAAGGCAGAAAGAAAUUUGUUUCGUUGUGAUGCGUGCUAACAAACCAGUUUAUUUAACUGCAGGAAAGUUAUUCACCGUGACACGAGAUUCCUUCACUGAGGUUCGUAUGAAUCGUUUUUUAAUCCUUUUUUCAAGGGUCUGA